UGGAAAGUAGCAUAAAGUAAGAACGACGCACGUGUUUGACCAAACGUUUCAAUUUUAACUCUGCCCCUCAGUGAAGCACACCAGCCGAGAGGUUGCAUUUAAAUUAAAUAAAAAACAAAGCUAAAUUCAACCAAUAAAACCCCAAAAUGACCGAGGAAGUGAACCCGAAAGCAUUCCCAUUGGCCGAUGCCCAGUUGACGGCUAAAAUCAUGAACCUGCUGCAGCAGGCUCUCAACUAUAACCAGCUCCGCAAGGGCGCCAACGAAGCAACCAAGACGUUGAAUCGCGGUCUGGCCGAUAUUGUUGUGCUUGCUGGCGAUACGGAACCUAUUGAAAUCUUGCUGCAUUUGCCGUUGUUGUGUGAGGACAAGAACGUGCCAUAUGUGUUUGUGCGCUCAAAGCAGGCAUUGGGACGUGCAUGUGGCGUUUCCCGGCCAAUUGUAGCAUGCUCGGUGACAACCAAUGAGGGCAGUCAGCUUAAGUCGCAAAUUACAUCCAUUCAGCAGGAAAUUGAAAGGCUGUUAGUUUAAGUAAAAAGAGUACAAAUACAUUUGUAAAUUGUAAACAUAAUUAAA